AUGGUAUUUUCACCGAUAACUAAAUCAAAUAAUACCAAUAUAAAUAAUAAUAAUAAUAAUAAUAAUUUAACAAAUAAUAUAAAUAUAAAUAAUAAUAACAACGCCAAUAAUAAUAAUUUAACUAAUAAUUUUCAAAAUGAUACCGUCAAUAAUAAUAAUAAUAAUAACAAUAAUAAAAUAAAUAUUAAUAAAAAAGAUAAUAAUAAUAUAGAUGAAGAUAGUUUUAUAAAUAGGGUUAUUCCAAGAAGUAAUAGUAUUAGUAAUGGCGAAAUUGGUGGCAGUUGUGUAAAUAAUAUAAAUAGAAAUGGUGAUAAUAAUAAUAGUAGUAAUAAUAAUAAUGGUAAAAUAAUUUUUAAUACAUUUCAUAAUGAUAUAAUAACAAAUGAUCAACAAAACAGUAAUAGUAGUAAUAAUCAUAUAACAACAACAUCAUCAACAACAACAUCAACAAAUGGAACAUAUAAGGUAGAGGUAAAUAAUGAUUGUAAUGGAGGCGGAGAUGGUACAGAGAUAAAAAAGAAUAGAAACAUGUUACCACACGAAAUUUUAAUGACUAGAGUAACAUUCAAAAUUGAAACACCAAUUAAUUAUGUUAAAGAUAAUGAAAGUGUUGCGGUUAUUGGUGAAGGUCAAGAGAUUGGUAAUUGGAAAGUUAAAGAUGCACCACAGCUAACAAAUACAGAAAAAACUGAUUCUCAUUUAAUUUGGACCACAACUUUAUUAUUCCCAAAGGCAACUAGAAUAUCUUAUAAAUAUUUAAUUUUAAAUAAUGGACUUUAUAAUCGUACUACUGCAGAAAGUACAAUCGAAAAUAAUAGCAUCACUACAAAAACGGUCAAUGGUUAUUUAGAUGUAAAUAAAAAGAAAAAGUGCCUUGUUGAAUGGGAGGCAUCUAGAGGUCAAAGCAGAACAUUAGUUGUCGAGGGUAUAGAUAUGUUUGUUAAUGAUGGUCUUUUCGGUGUCUUGGAAAGUGGCAGUAAACCAUGGAUUGGCAGAGGAUGGCUCCCAGAAGAUGAAUAUCAAUUGCGUGUUCAAUUACAAGUUGAUGAAUCUCCAGUGCAGCUAUACGAUAAUUUCAUAGAUCCAACUCAAUUGGUGCUAAGAUUACAUGAUCCCUUUGGUUUAAGUCAAGAGUUCCCAUUACCUUUACAUGGUUUCACAGAGCUAGUUCUCCAUACACAUUCCCCAUCAGUAUUUGGUUUUUCAAUUAGUUUAUUACUCCGUGAGAAUCAAACCAACGGUGCAAGUACCCCAUCAUUCGAUUGGAGGGUAUUGGGUAGAGCCUAUAUAGGGUCAAAACAAUGUAAUGACCUCUGGGGCAAAAUCUAUACACCAAUCAUUGGGGAAAAACUUUUACCAAUUGGGGAAUUCCGUUGCAAUUAUUUAGUCGUCUCACCAUUCAAUCAUCCACAAAAUUCUCUAUCAAAUUUAUGGCACUCUUUUGUUGAGCAACCCCAAACACUUAUUGGUCAUCGUGGUAAUGGUAAAAACAAUUUUGGUAUCAAUGCAAAUGCUGUAACUGAAAAUACAAUUCUCUCUUUCUUAACUGCCGCUCAGUUUGGUGCUAAAAUGGUAGAGUUUGAUUUGCAAUUAACCUAUGAUAGUGUUCCAGUUAUAUUUCACGAUUACGAGAUUGAAAUCCAAACCACAGAGGGUUUUACAAUGAAAGAGGCUAUUAAUCGUUUAACUUUGGAGCAGUUUUUAAAAGUUAAACCAACUUCAAAUAAACGUGACCUUAUCUCACAUACCUUAAAGCGUAUGAAGUCUUUACGUAUCUCUAAAAGCACAAGCGACCUUUUAUCCCUUGCUCCAACUUUUGACGCAUCGCAACACCUUUCAUCUUUAUUGGACCUAAGCCAAGGUGGUAUCGAGCUCUCAGUAAAGCCUGAUUCAGUUAGACCAUCAUCCAUUAUUCAUGACAGAUUCUCAACUCUUCAAGAUGCUUUUCACUUAGUACCACAAGAAAUUGGUUUCAUGAUUGAAAUUAAAUAUCCAAAUUUAGCAAUGCAAAAUUUAAGAAAAUUCAAAGCACCAGAAAGAAAUGAGUUUGUUGAUAUAAUUUUAAAUAUUGUUUUUAAUGAAGUUAAAGAUAGAAGAAUCGCCUUUCUUACUUUUGACCCAGAUAUUGCAAUUUUGUUAAGAACUAAGCAAUUUAGAUACCCAGUUUUGUUUUUAAUAUGUUGCGAUACACCAACUUUUUUCGAUACCUUUGAUCCAGAUGUAAAUGUUAAUGAUACAAGAUGUAAUUCAAUUUUAAAUGCUGUCACAUUCGUUAAAACAGUAAAUUUAGAUGGUAUAGUUUGUGAUAGUGAAACCAUAUUAAAUAACCACUCCUAUGUUAAUUUAGUUCAUAACGAUAAUCUAUUGUUAUUUACAUAUGGUAGUAAAAAUGUUGAUCCAGUCAAUGUUAAAAUUCAAAAAGAACUAGGUGUAGAUGGUAUUAUUGCAGAUAACAUAACAAAAUUAAAUAAGACUGUUCAUACAAAUACAACCUCCGCUGCUGCUCAAUAA